AUCACAGAUUGCAAUAUAUACCUUCUGAACGCUUGGCGCGGUCGGGACUCAGCCUGCGUCUCUAACAAGCCGACGACUCCGCUCACGUCUAAAUAACGUCAGGAUCCAGCUGCCAAGAUGGCCGACGAGAAAAGACUGUCUGCGAGGCGCAAGCACACUCUGAAAGGCUGUAUGCUAAUGGUGGGAACUAAUUUAUUGGAAGCCGAAGCAACAAUGAAGACUGAGGAAAGGGAGAAGUUCCUGGCGGAGAAAUGUCCUCCUCUGGAGCUGCCGUACUCCAAGGACGAGCUCAUGGAACUUGUCAAGACGCUCCAUCAGCAGAUUAACAUGAGUGAGGAGGAGAGAUACUGCAUAGAGUUCAAACUCAACAUGGUGCUGAAUGAGGUCAGAGAUCUCAACAUUAAGAUUGUGGAUAUGAGGGGAAAGUUCAAGAGACCCCGUCUGAAGAAAGUGCGUAUGUCGGCCGACGCCAUGCUGAAGGCUCUGCUGGGCUCCAAGCACACGGUCAACAUGGACCUCAGGGCCAACCUGAAGCAGGUCAAGAAGGAGGUCAAAGAGGAGGACAAGCAGCUGCGCGACGUGGGAGACUGGCGUAAGAACAUUGAAGACAAGUCUGAUAGGAAGAAGAUGUUUGAUAGUUAAUCUGUCAUCGAUCGUUAGGCUCAAACGAGUGCUUUUCACGAAACAGAAUUCGGAUCUAAUGUCUUUGUAACUGAAGAGUUUUAUUCCAACGUGCUGCAUAUCCAACGUCAACGUAACCCUUUUAUUGAACGA